CGAGAGGAUUAACAACAAAAACCUUCCAGGUAGUCUUAUGCAAUGGGAGGAUAAAUGAAGAGCUGAAGUUCAGUACCUGUGAACGUGUACCCUGUUGCCUCUGACUAGGAAGGGGAGUUCAUGCCACUCAGUGUCUGUGGGCGGCCUUUGUCUUCCCACGGAGCUCGUAGCUAGGCCUGAGGACUUCACCUGUGUCUCCACGGCCUCUUCCCAGAAGGCCUCCCAGACGCGUGUGCUCAGCGAUCACCUGUCCCCAGCAGUGAAAUGAUUCUCUUUGUCACACUCUCUCCGGUGGGGAGGGAAGCCAUUCUGUUCAGCUGCUGCCUUCCUGUUGGUUCUCACUGAAAUGUGAGAGAAGGCUGAGGGGGUCGAUAUUUGUGCUGUCCUGGCUGGUGACAGCCCACUAGCCAGAGAGAAGGGAGGCUGCCGGAAUCUGGGCACCAGAUGGCGUGAAUGGUCAUUCCCUGCAUGGAAUGCAUAGAAGCUUUGUGUUCAUUCAUCCAGCAAGUAGUUAUUUGAGUAAACUAUUCACUCACUCACGCACUCAUUCAUGGCAAGUAGUGCUGGGCAUUGUGGAAUCCAUGGUGAGCAAAAUGGACAAUGUUCCGCCUCUCAGGGAACUUGCAGUCCCAAGGAGGCAGCAUUAACAAUACCCCUGCCCCUGUAGCACUGUGAGUCACAGGUGCUCUGAAGGAUCGAGCAGGUGCUGGAGCCCGGGAGACGAAUGUGAUGAAACAUCGGAAGAGUGGCGGCGGUGGUGUCCUUAGCACAGCAGGGUCUCUGGAAGCACGCGUGUUUCUUCCUUUGGGAAGCAGCGACCUUGUGUAUCAUCUCUCCUGUUCUCAACAGGGCUAUUCCGAGUCUCCGGACCUGGAGUUUGAGUAUGCUGACACGGACAAGUGGGCGGCCGAGCUGUCGGAGCUUUACAGCUACACGGAGGGGCCAGAAUUCCUGAUGAACCGAAAAUGCUUCGAGGAGGACUUCCGCCUCCAUGUGACCGAUAAGAAGUGGACCGAGCUGGACAACAACCAGCACCGGACCCACGCCAUGAGGCUCCUGGACGGCCUGGAAGUCACUGCCAGGGAGAAGAGACUCAAGGUGGCCCGGGCCAUUCUCUACGUUGCCCAAGGCACCUUCGGGGAGUGCAGCUCGGAGGCGGAGGUGCAGUCCUGGAUGCGCUACAACGUCUUCCUGCUCCUGGAGGUGGGCACGUUCCACGCGCUGGUGGAGCUGCUCAACAUGGAAAUAGACAACAGCGCCGCCUGCAGCAGCGCAGUGAGGAAGCCGGCCAUCUCCCUGGCUGACAGCACGGACCUCAGGGUCCUGCUCAACAUCAUGUACCUGAUUGUGGAGACCGUCCACCAGGAGUGUGAGGGCGAUAAGGCCGAGUGGAAGACCAUGCGCCAGACCUUCAGGGCCGAGCUGGGUUCCCCGCUGUACAACAACGAGCCAUUUGCCAUCAUGCUGUUUGGGAUGGUGACCAAAUUUUGCAGUGGCCAUGCCCCUCACUUCCCCAUGAAGAAGGUUCUCUUGCUGCUUUGGAAGACAGUACUGUGCACGCUGGGCGGCUUUGAGGAGCUGCAGAGCAUGAAGGCCGAGAAGCGCACCAUGCUGGGCCUGCCCCCGCUGCCUGAGGACAGCAUCAAAGUGAUCCGCAACAUGAGGGCCGCCUCGCCGCCCGCGUCUGCCUCCGACCUGAUCGAGCAGCAGCAGAAACGGGGCCGGCGGGAGCACAAGGCGCUGAUAAAGCAGGACAACCUGGACGCCUUCAACGAGCGGGACCCCUACAAGGCCGACGACUCUCGAGAGGAGGAAGAAGAGAACGAUGACGACAACAGUCUGGAGGGGGAGACGUUCCCCCUCGAGCGGGACGAGGUGAUGCCUCCCCCACUUCAGCAUCCCCAGACUGACAGGCUUACCUGCCCAAAGGGGCUCCCAUGGGCGCCCAAGGUCAGAGAGAAAGACAUUGAGAUGUUCCUCGAGUCCAGCCGCAGCAAAUUCAUAGGUUACACUCUGGGCAGCGACACGAACACAGUGGUGGGGCUGCCCAGGCCAAUCCACGAAAGCAUCAAGACUCUGAAGCAGCACAAGUACACGUCGAUCGCGGAGGUCCAGGCGCAGAUGGAGGAGGAGUUCCUUCGCUCUCCUCUUUCAGGGGGAGAAGAGGAAGUGGAGCAAGUCCCUGCAGAAACACUCUACCAAGGCCUGCUCCCCAGCCUGCCCCAGUACAUGAUCGCGCUGCUGAAGAUCCUGCUGGCUGCAGCCCCCACCUCCAAAGCCAAAACCGACUCGAUCAACAUCCUGGCCGACGUCCUGCCUGAGGAGAUGCCCACCACAGUGUUGCAGAGCAUGAAGCUGGGCGUGGAUGUGAACCGCCACAAAGAGGUCAUUGUCAAGGCCAUUUCCGCUGUCCUGCUGCUGCUGCUCAAGCACUUCAAGUUGAACCACGUCUACCAGUUUGAAUACAUGGCCCAGCACCUGGUGUUUGCCAACUGCAUCCCUUUGAUUCUAAAGUUCUUCAAUCAAAACAUCAUGUCCUACAUCACUGCCAAGAACAGCAUUUCCGUCCUGGAUUACCCUCACUGCGUGGUGCACGAGCUGCCAGAGCUGACUGCGGAGAGUCUGGAAGCAGGCGACAAUAACCAGUUUUGCUGGAGGAACCUCUUUUCUUGUAUCAACCUCCUUCGGAUCUUGAACAAGCUGACCAAGUGGAAGCACUCAAGAACGAUGAUGCUGGUGGUGUUCAAGUCCGCCCCCAUCCUGAAGCGGGCCCUGAAGGUGAAGCAGGCCAUGAUGCAGCUGUACGUGCUGAAGCUGCUCAAGGUGCAGACCAAGUACCUGGGGCGGCAGUGGCGCAAGAGCAACAUGAAGACCAUGUCUGCCAUCUACCAGAAGGUGCGGCACCGGCUCAACGACGACUGGGCCUACGGCAACGAUCUGGAUGCCCGGCCUUGGGACUUCCAAGCGGAGGAGUGUGCCCUCCGUGCCAACAUUGAACGCUUUAACGCCCGGCGCUAUGACCGGGCCCACAGCAACCCCGACUUCCUGCCUGUGGACAACUGCCUGCAGAGCGUCCUGGGCCAGCGGGUGGACCUCCCUGAGGACUUCCAGAUGAACUACGACCUCUGGUUAGAAAGGGAGGUUUUCUCCAAGCCCAUUUCCUGGGAAGAACUGCUGCAGUGAGGCUCCUGGAGGGGACCCAACAGGAAAGGUGAUGUGUCAGGUGCCCAGGGCCUGUCCUGGUUCACUGCAGUGCGCCCAGCCCCCUCCAGGUGGCAGCACCACCUCACUGUGCCCUCCCCAGACAGCUCUGGGCUUGGCCUCUGGUUGGUCCCAGCAUCUUGCCUGGGAGCGUCAUCUCUGCUUGCCACCCUCUCUCCAUUCCUCCUCCCUCCUCUCUUGGACAUGGUUGGUUGCAGCUCAUUUCUCAUUCAGCCCAAGGCUGGGAAAAGCUGGGAUAGGCUGGGAACCCAUCGCGUCUGAAUGUCGGGGCUCACGCUGACUCUUCUGGAGACAGGCAGACCCUUGGCAGCCAGCUUGCCAAGGAGGACGCUUAGCAUUGGGGCCGGGGCCAAACAGUCAGAGUCCUGGUUUUGCUUUGGGGGUUUCUGGUGUCAUCCCAGCCUUCUGCUGAGUUUCCUCCAGAAGCAGUUGCAGAGGCUCCUGCAGCUCCCUCAGCACUGGGUUGGGACAGGGUGGGGUGGGAAGAGAAGCUUCCCUUAGCCAGAGGUGCCCUCUCCCUCUGGAUCUUCGAGGGUCUGUAAAUAUCUAUAUAUAAACCUGUGUGUGUUCUCUUGUGUCAUGUUGGGGUUUUUAAUGUGUUUGUGUAUUCUGUUUACAUUAAAAGGAAGUAAAA